AUGGCCGUCAGACAAGUCGAGCUACUCAUCGAUUCUGGAACCGACCAAGAGGUCAAGAAGAGCAUGUUCAGCGCGCUCGACCGCGAGAUCGAGCUACAUAAAAAUCUGGAACAUGAGAACAUUAUACAGUAUCUCUUCUCCUCCAUCGGCCAGAAAUAUUUCGAUAUCUUCUUCGAAUAUGCUCCUGGUGGCUCAGUCGCUGAUUUGCUGCAGAAGUAUGGUGCGUUUGAAGAGCCCCUCGUCAAAAACUUUGUCAGGCAGAUCCUGCAGGGCCUCGACUACCUUCACGAUCGUGAUAUCAUUCAUGGCAACAUCAGAGGCGCCAACAUCCUCAUUGACAGUACUGGUAGAACCAAGAUAUCUGAUUUCAGUCUUGCGAAGGUGGACGAUAAUUUCCUCAAAAAGACGUUCGAAAUCGACCACGAGGCACGGCCUACAGCUGCGGAGCUCUUGCAGCAUCCAUGGAUUGCGUCGUCAUAA